AUGGCUACCCCAACCAAGACCAAUGGCAAUAAGAUCAACGGUCAGAACUCUGUCAGCACAAUUCUUCCCGUAUUGAACCAAGUUAAGGAAGAGAUCCACACUGACUACGACGACCGCAACUUCUGGUGGGGCGCCUUGGCUGAACCUCUAGCCACGCUCCUCCAAACCAGUCAGUAUGCGUACGAUGUGCAGCUCAAAUAUCUGCGUUGGUUUCACAAAUGGAUACCCGCUGCGUUAGGACCACGGCCUAUCAGCGGCAAGCCAUUCUACGGAUCCUGGCUCACUUACGACAGAAGCGCCCUGGAGUACAGUCUCAAUUGGAAGGAGAAGAGUCCCUUUCAAACCGUCCGCUUCACACUCGAGCCGAUGUCAAAGAAGGCUGGCACAUCCGCCGACCGCCUGAACCAGACCGGGGCCAAGGAGUUCUUCACCGCCGUAGCAAUGGACAUCCCCAGUCUCGAUCUGGAGCGGUUCAAUCACUUUCUCGCGGCAACCCACGUUCCCGACGAGGCCGUCGACAAGGCGGUGGCAAAGCACCCUCCAGGCUUCCCCCGGAGCCGCGUCUGGGUCGCGUUCGAUCUGGAGCGAUCCGGGGGCAUCGUGGCCAAGGCCUAUUUUCUGCCUCAUUGGAGAUCGCUGUACACGGAAGUGUCAACCCGGACCAUCGUCUUCGAUGCCAUCCGGAAAUGCAACGGGCCGUCUGGGUCCUAUGAAUCGUCCAUCGCGGCGCUGAACGAACACCUGGACGCGUUCCCGCCCGGGGAGACGCCCGAGAUCGUGCUGCUGUCCAACGACUGCGUCGCCGACGCCAGGUCCCGCAUCAAGGUCUACGUGCACUCCGAGGCCGACACGCUCGCCAAGGCCCGGCACAUGUUCCAUCUGGGCGGCCGGCUCAAAGGAUCCGCCAUGGUGGCGGGGCUGAAGGCGGUCGAUGACUUCUGGCACCACCUCUUCGGGCUCAGCCGGUCGGACCCAGACGCCGACGAUAAGGUCGUACUGAGCGGGCAUAAGUGUCUGUUGGUCUACGAAAUGCGACCCACGUCACAAGAGGGUGCGGCGGCUGAGGUGUCGCCGGACAUCGAGGUUAAACUGCACAUCCCGACGUGGGAGCUUGGAAAGACGGACACCGAGAUCGGAGCGCUGAUGUCGAGCUGGUUCCAGGCCAACGGGCACCCCGAGCUUGCCGCGAGGUAUCAGCCUGAUCUAGCCGCAACCUUCCCCAAACACCAGCUUUCUACGACUGGUGGAACCCACACUUUUAUCUCGCUCACGUACACACACAAAACUGGGCUUUAUAUGACCACGUACUACACCACCAGGCUGCCCGAGAUGCAUUUUCCUUUAGACUAG